AUGAACUCUGUGGAAGUUCUUGAUCUCUCUCAAAAUAAGCUGCAUGGUGAAAUACCAACAUCACUGGGGAAUAUAUGCACUUUGAAGCACUUAUAUCUUUCAUACAAUAACUUUAGUGGGGAGCUUUCAAGUUUCAUCCAAAACAGUUCUCGGUGCAAUAGUCAUCCCCUACAGGGGUUGGAUUUAUCUGACAAUCAGAUAAAGGGCAUGUUAACUGAUCUCUCUGUUUUCUCCUUUUUGGAACAUCUAGAUCUCUCUAACAAUCAAUUAAAAGGAGAAGUACCUGAAAGCAUCAGAUUGCUAUCUCAAUUGAAUAGUUUGCAGCUGGAUGGGAACAAUUUACGAGGUGUGAUAACUGAAUCUCAUUUCAACAAGCUCUCUAAUUUGAAGAGUUUAUCACUGUCUGGCAAUCCAUUAGGGCUACAAAUUAGCACUAGAUGGGUUGCCCCAUUUCAGUUGCAAGAUUUGGAAAUGGCUUCUUGUAUGUUGGGUUCUUAUCUUCCUAAUUGGCUCCAUAAUCAACAUGAGUUAGAGGUAUUGGAUAUUUCUAAUUGUGGGCUUUCAGGUUUCAUACCUGAAUGGUUUUGGCCACUGAUAAAAGAUGCGGAUUACGUGAACAUCUCAUAUAACAAUUUUUUGGUGAAAUUCCAAAUUAUCAUUGCAGCUCAGUACUAG